AGCCCCCAUCUGCAGCGUGCAAUCGCACAUUUAGAGUCCGUUGAUACACCUUAGCGGUGUCCAAGAAAGGAUGGACGUGAAGGUAAAGAGCGUCCACCUCGUUGCCAAAUGGAUGUGGGACUGCAAGGGCGAAACGUGUGGCAUCUGCCGCCAGGAGUACGAGGCAGCCUGUCCUGCCUGCCGCGUUCCCGGUGACGACUGUCCCGUGCUGACGAGUCCGUGUCACCACACCUUUCACCUGCAUUGCAUCACUCGCGCUCUCGAGAAGGAGGAAGGUCAGCAGGAGUGUCCGACGUGUCGCGCGCCGUGGAACAUCUGACGGUGAAAAAAGAUUUGUGUCUGCUUCAAUGCAAACGCUGCUCUUCCUCUCGCUCUCUCGCUUUUCAGACCUGUAGUAGAUUUGGAUUCUUCUUUCUUUUUCUUCUGUGCAUCGUAUGCUCUCUUAUCGACUUGUUCUCCUAGUGAGCCUCAGCGGGAGUUGCUCGCCAGUAGAAUGAAAACGGAAGUGCUUUAAAAGUCCCCCAAAUAAAGUAGUUCUUUUGUUGUUUUCAUUGGAUGCUACCCCAAAAAACCGUCUCUCUCGAAUUGCUUUCAGGUUCUCGUGCCUUCUUUUUUGGGGGGUGGGGUGGGGGGAUGCACGUGAAGUGUACAACGCAGCGGAUGAAAUCACACCAACUUUUUUCUCCCUUCUUUUUUGUUGUUUUCUUGUUUUUCUCACCUUCCAGUUUUCACAGCAUUGCUUUGGUGGUACAUCCGCAAUUCAAACUUAUUAAAAAGAAUAAGAGAGAACCCCCCUUACAAACGCACACAUACCCAAAAUGAUGAUGCGUCGAGGCGCUGUGCGUCUUGCAGUCGCGGCUGCAUCCGCGGCUGCCGGCACUCACGACAUUCAACCAGUCGAAAAAGACGUGGAAGCCGUCCCCACGGCGGACCCCACCACCGCCACGCCGGCAACGCAGCAGCCAACGUACAAGCACGUCCACACCGUCAACCCACCGGCGUCGACGUUUAUUCCAUCGGCCUCGGAGGCACCGGAGCUGCUGCAGAGCUACGUGGAGCCGAAGCCGUUUAUCAGCGCCCGUCGUCUGCAAGUCUUCACAGUUUCCAUGGGCGUCGGUGCCUUCAGCGUGUCCCUCGUGUACUUCUUUCUUAGCAAGAGCAUCAGCACCCGCGUGGAGGAGGAGCAGACGCAACUGGAUCGAAUUACGGAGCGGAACCGGCUCGCGAUGCAGGACCGCAUGUCUGUUGUGCCGAACUUUACGGCACCGAACUCGUACGACGAGCUCUAUGCGAAGAUGAUUGAGCGAGACAAGGAGGUGGAGUCGCAGUUGGCGCAGUCGCGCAGCACGCUGCACACGGAGACGAUGUUUCACUUGCGGAUGUGGUGGAACAGGUGUCUGCGCAACAUCCAAGCCGCCACCGACGCUUUUGCGAACGCGCAGCUGCGCCGAAAGGAGGCACAGGCAGAAGCAAACAUUAAGACCACCCUGCGAUGCAGCGGCUACAAGCUGAUGGACUUGAAGAAGGUUGAACGUGUGUGA